AUGUGGGAGCGCUUUACACAUCGCUGCGCUGAGCAAGAGUGCCGUCCUGCCCUGGUGGACCAUGAUCUUCCGGCAGGAGGGCGUGCGAAGAGCUGCAGCGAAGUCUUCCAACAGGUCACGAGACUGUCCAAGAUGCUUGGGGCACUGGAGACCGCUCGGGAACGGAACAUUGGCGUGUGCUUUGAAAGGACUUCUUUUGCAGCGGUGGUUUCGUUGCUUACGGCUUUGUGGAUGCGCCGUCCGUACGUGCCUCUUUCUUCCGAGUGUCCUGGUCUUGGAAGGCCGAUCCAACGGUUUGUUGUCCUGCUGAACAUGGCAGGCGUUUGGUGCAUUCUCUGCGGUUCCAAGAUGCUGAGCUUUGCCAGAUCUGCGUGGGAGGCCUCCGGCAAAAGAGCCGAGAGACAUGUGAUUGAUGUGGAACUGCUUAUCUCGGAGAGUUCGGAGAGUUCUGAAGUUUCACUUGCUCCCCGAGACUCUCAAAAUGAUGCCAGUGAGGACAAGGACACCCUUUACAUCAUCUUUACAUCCGGCUCGACCGGCCGCCCAAAGGGUGUGCACGGUCCCCAUUCUGCAACGCUCAACAGACUUCGUUGGCAAUGGGCCAAAUUCCCUUGGGAAAAGGGGGAAGUGGCAUGUGCACGAACUCCUUUGACCUUCGUCGACCACGUGGCAGAAGUUUUUGGCUCUUUGCUAGCGGUGCCUGGACCUGUCUUGGUAUGCCCACUGUCAACCUCGCAGUCUUCUGCCUUGUUAACAUCAGUUCGUCAGUUUGCAGUCACAAGACUCGUUCUGACACCCACCCUGUUGAGGCUUCUUCUUUUGGAGGCAGCUAAUCUUGAGAGCCCUUGGCGGUCACUGCGCAUGCUGACAUGCUCCGGCGAGCUCUUGACGAGGAGCUUGGUGGCACAAGCACGUGCUCAGCUUCCCGAAGAAUGCAAGCUGCUGAACAUCUACGGUUCUACAGAAGUGGCAGGGGAUGCGACAUGUGCAGAAUUGCCAGACGAUGAUGUUGAAGAUGAGACUCCACUGGUGCCGUGCGGCAGAGCCAUUGACGGCGUGGCCGUGCACUUGCAUACGGAGCUGGAGGACAGCACUGAAAGUACUGAAAGUGCUCCGGAGCUCUUGAACCUGACUGAGAUGACUGAGGAUGUUUGCUUUGGCACGGUUGGAGAAGUUUACGUGACUGGCAGCUGCCUGGCGGGUGGGUAUUGCGACUAUAGUGCGGAUAACAAGGUCAUCCAAACUGAAUCAUUUCCUUCCAUCCGCGGUGUGCGGUGCUUCAGGAGCAACGACCUGGCAAGGUGGCAGAUAAGCAGGAAACAUCAGAGGACUUUGUAUGUUCUGGGGCGCUGUGGCCAGAUGGUGAAGGUACGCGGGCAGCGCGUGGAGCUCUCUUCCGUGGAAGCUGCGCUGUGCUCCAUUGAGCUGGCAGAGAGCCUCAUUCGUGCCACGCGUGAUGUGCAUGAUCAGGUGGCAGGCUAUGGCUUGCGAGACCCUCAAAGGCUUCAACCAAUCUUUGCACAGGCUGCAUGUUUUGUGGAUGACAGCGGCAGCCUAGUUGCUGCGGGAGUUUUGUCUCCCGGCUUUAAUGGCUCUGAUUCGGGUUCCCGGGGUUCUCCCUCCACUUCUCUGAUGGCUGCGGUCCGACAGAACAUGGCUCACUUGCUUCCUUCAGCGGCAGUACCUUCGCGCCUUAUCGCAGUGCCAUCGCUGCCGAAGCUUCCCAGUGGGAAAGUGGAUCGCAGCAAGUUGAUGAGUGGUGCAAUGACCGCCCAAGGAAGUUCCAACCAUGCGCAGAGUACGUCUCACUUAGAGCAGCUUGUGAGAGAGAUCUGGCAGAGCUGUUUGAACUCACCCUCAGGGCCACAAGCUGCACUUGACGACGACGAAUCCUUCAUUGCAGCAGGUGGUGAUUCAGCGGGCUUGAUGAAGAUGGCAUCGCGGCUUCGGCAGCUCUGCACGAGCGGCACGAGCGGUGCAGGCUUUGUGGGAGCUCUUCCCGUUCUUGCCGUUCCCGAGUUUGAUGACCUGGUGGAAGCUGCCUCCACAUCCUUCUCUGCUUUGCUGCAGCUUUGCAUGAUUCCACAGAGCAGUCGCAAGCGAAGGCGCUUAAGCUCUGAAGGCACUGACUUGAGCCGUGUAGGCCGUGUGGCCAGCCGCGUGGCCGGUUGCGCAAGCAGCCCGCACUUGUGGGACAGUCUCCCAUGCCGGCCGUUUGCUAGUGACUCCUUCGGCUCUUGUGGCACGGCUUCAGAAGGCUCCGCCUGGGUGGUCCACGCGCGGGGUGGUUGCUGUGCAGGGCCAGCUUCGGCUCUUCAAGGCUCGCAGGUGGAGCUCCGCAGUCUUUGGCAGGGAGAUUUGCAGCAGUGUGUGGAUGCACCUCCACUGGUUGUUCUGGGUCCUUCAGAAGGGCAUGGUCAGCUGACAGCUUGGCUGCUUGUUGGAUCGCACUCGGCCCAGCUUGCUUGCUUCGAGGCAGAAACCGGCCGUGAACACUGGCGGAUGAAGCUUUCCGAUCGCAUUGAAGGUGGCUGUGCCUGUUCCUGCAGAGGUGGCCGCUUGCAUGUGUACGCGGUCUGCUACGAUGGGAAGAUGCACUGUGUUGACGUCAAAUCCGGUGCGCUGCGAUGGUCAUCGUCCGUGGCCUUGCCCACAGAUGAGAACACGGAGAUCAAGAGUGCGCCCGUCAUUCUCGAUGAAGCGGGCAUCGUGAUAGCGGGCACUCAUGGUGGCACAGCUGCUGCGAUGUCAGCACUUGAUGGGCUUCUUCUUUGGCGAUUGCACUUGCCGGGUGCAAUCUUCUCGACUCCCCUUCUGGUGCCGGACACGGGAGAAUUGUACAUUUGUGUGACCAGGGGCCAGUCCGUUUUUAAGUUCUGCUGCGCUCCCGACACCAACGACUUCAGCACGGCGCCUGAGGAGAAGUGGGCCGUCCGAAUGGCCACACCCAUCUUCGCCGCUGUCUACGUGGAUCGUCUUUGCUCGGUGCUCUUGGUGGAGGUAGCGGGCCGGCUCGCGAUGCUCACAGAGGACAGGGGUGCUCCGUCCAUGGCGUGGGCAUUGGACCUGGACGGCCAGGCCUUCGCAGCUCCCUGCUUGCGGAAGGACCAAGAGUUGGCAUUCCUCGGCACGCAUGGUGGCACCGUGUGGGCCAUCCGGCUGGUGGAUGGGGGCUUGAUGUGGCGCUGCAAUGUCGCCGAUGUUGUCUACGGCUCCCCUUUCCUUGUAAGUGGUACUCCUUGUGGCGUCGACCAUGUGGGCCGCGUGGGCCACGUGAGCCAUGUGUUAUUCGUCGCGACUCGUCGAGGUGUUCUCCACCUCCUGGACGCCGGCGACGCUGCGGGCGGGUCACGUGUGGCACAUGCCCAGUUGGAAGGAGAGGUGUUUUCAUCACCCGUAGCCUGGUGUAGCCACGGUGGGCACGGUGAGAGUGCACCGGCAAUCCACGAUCUGUGGCCACCCAACUUGUACAUCUUUCCACAAGAGGAUGUCGUCCUUCGCCUUGCGGGGCCUUCGGCGGGCAAACUGCUGCGAGCCGAGUUGUGCUACGACGGCGAGGGAGGGAAAACCGGGCACGCGGAGGUCGAAGUGCAGGCUUCGGAUCAGCAUGCCUCUGCUGAGUGCAGAGUUCAGUGCUGCCGGUUGCAGCUAGUGGAGAUCCUCGCCAGACUGCUGCAAAGCGAACUCGCGGAGGCGCCUGGGCAGGCCUCGCGAUUCCUAGAAGACCUUCGGGGCGUCCAAGCGGAAGUCGGUGGAGAUGAUCGGCUAGCCGGCCUUAUCGAGGAUGUCAGCGGCCAAGUCGCCGAAGCUGUGUCGAGACAGGACUGGUACGAGUCUUGGGGGAAGCACUACUUGCGAUCCUUAUCACGAGCUCAUCUGGCACAGCUCUGCAACAACUUCAAGGAUCCUGGUGUGCAGCCUUAUGGAGGUUCGCUCUUCCACGAGGUCCGAGAUGCUGCAGAUGAUAUCUUCCUGAAGAUUCCGCCCCCAAACCCCGCUGCUUUGGACAAUGUCGAGGCACUCAGCGCUAUGGGCUUUGAAGAGACGGAGGUCCGGCGUGCUUUAGACUUUGCCUACAACGAUGUGGCAGCAGCUGCCACGUAUCUCAUGGAAGGUUUCCCAGUUCACAGGCCUUCACCAGCAACUCGUGCUGGGGUUCCGUCCGCGACAGCUGUGGACAUGUCCAUGUACUACGAUGCCUCAGGUGGAUAG